GUUCCCUCAUUAGCGGACUUCCCUCUAAUUUGGCUGUCAGACGUUUCGGGUCGGCAGCGUGCCGCGGCCUGCUCCAGGUCACACUUCGCGCUUCACGCCUAAUUGCUGAUGGAAAUGAAAGGCCGAGAGCUGCAGAUGAGGCGCACCGGUACAGGAAGGGCGUAGAAAUAAAAGAUCCUAAAGCUUGAUGAGAGAAAGAGCCACGAAGGGUUUUGGGAGGUGAUGGGGGGGGGAGCAGCCCGGACCUGCUGCUCUGCCCCGGUGUGUGAGGCACUGCCGUAACCCCACCCAGGAUGUGCCCACAGCGACAGCCAGCAUCGGGAUUUGUUAUGGGAAGCGGAGGCCGGAGCUAAGCUUGGCUGAAGCAAACCUUGAGCUUGUGGAAACGCUGUCAGCAGACGUUGGGCGACCAGGACGCUACUAGAUUGUAGUGCAGUAAAUAACAGAUCCUCAAUCCCAGGCCGCUCCUGUCUGCGGGAGACCUCCGGAGGAACUCCAAGUGCCUGGGGAGCCAGAGCAGAGUGAUUUAUCCUUUGCCAGACUCCCCCUCUGUGAAGAUGUCCCAGUCCUCUCCUGCUGAUGAAAGUACAACAUUUGAACACCUCUGGAGUACACUGGCACCAGACAGCACCUACUUCGACCUCUCUCCAUCCACUCAUACAGGCAACAAUGAGGUCUCCAACCGCACAGAGAUCACAAUGGAUGUCUUCCAGAUGAGAGGCAUGAAUGACUCUGUUAUGUCCCAGUUUAAUUUGCUGAACAACAGCAUGGAUCAGAGCAUCGGCAGCAGAGCAGCCUCCACCAGCCCUUACAGCUCCGAGCACACCUCCAAUGUCCCAACGCAUUCACCCUACUCGCAGCCCAGCUCUACCUUCGACGCCAUGUCCCCAGCUCCUGUCAUCCCCUCCAACACUGACUACCCAGGUCCCCACCACUUUGAGGUGACCUUCCAGCAAUCCAGCACAGCCAAGUCAGCCACCUGGACAUACUCCCCGCUGCUGAAGAAGCUCUACUGUCAGAUUGCCAAGACAUGUCCCAUCCAGAUCAAGGUGACCAGCCCACCGCCACCGGGCACCAUCAUCCGGGCCAUGCCUGUCUACAAGAAGGCCGAGCACGUGACAGAAGUGGUGAAACGCUGCCCCAACCAUGAGCUGGGGCGUGACUUUAACGAUGGCCAGUCAGCCCCAGCCAGCCACCUCAUCAGGGUGGAAGGCAACAACCUCUCCCAGUACGUGGACGACCCUGUGACAGGACGGCAGAGUGUGAUGGUGCCCUACGAGCCCCCACAGGUGGGGACCGAGUUCACCACUAUCCUGUACAACUUCAUGUGCAACAGCAGCUGUGUGGGAGGAAUGAACAGGAGACCCAUCCUCAUUAUCAUCACGCUGGAGACGAGAGACGGCCAAGUCCUAGGAAGGCGAUCAUUUGAGGGACGGAUCUGUGCCUGUCCUGGCAGGGACCGGAAGGCUGAUGAAGACCAUUACCGAGAGCAACAAGCCCUGAAUGAGAACGCAGCUAAAAAUGGCAACGCCAACAAACGCACAUUCAAACAGAGCCCUCAGGCCAUCCCAGCACUGGGGCCAGGCGUUAAGAAACGGAGACACGGGGAGGAGGAGAUGUAUUAUGUGCCUGUUCGAGGCAGGGAGAACUUCGAGAUCCUGAUGAAGAUAAAGGAGAGCCUGGAGCUGGUGGAGCUGGUCCCACAGCAGCUGGUUGACUCCUACCGGCAGCAACAGCAGCAGCUCCUGCAAAGGCAAAAUCAGCUGCAGACACCUUCCUCCUACGGCCCUGUCCUCUCACCUAUGAAUAAAGUCCACGGAGGAGGAAUCAACAAGCUGCCCUCUGUCAACCAGCUGGUUGGGCAGCCAGCACAGCACAGCUCUGGCUCGGCAUCAAGCCUGGGGCCAAUGGGACCUGGAAUGCUGAACAGCCACCCCAUGCAACCCAAUGGGGAAAUGAACGGGGGCCACUCGUCCCAGUCCAUGGUCUCAGGAUCACACUGCACCCCUCCUCCGCCCUACAACCCCGAUCCCAGCCUAGUCAGUUUUUUAACAGGAUUGGGGUGUCCAAACUGCAUCGACUAUUUCACCUCACAAGGGUUACAGAAUAUUUACCACCUGCAGAACCUAUCCAUAGAGGAUCUCGGAGCACUGAAGAUCCCGGAGCAGUACCGGAUGAUCAUCUGGAGGGGCCUUCAAGAACUCAAGCAGAGCCACGACUACGGGGCCCAGCAGCUCAUCCGCUCCAGCAGCAACGCCUCCACCAUCUCCAUUGGCAGCUCGGGGGAGCUGCAGCGGCAGCGCGUGAUGGAGGCCGUGCACUUCCGCGUGCGCCACACCAUCACCAUCCCCAACCGCGGCGCGGCGGACGAGUGGGCAGACUUUGGCUUUGACCUCCCAGACUGCAAGUCCCGCAAACAGUCCAUCAAAGAAGAGUUCACGGAGGGAGAGAUCAACUGAGGUUCUCCAGGGCACAACGGUAGGAAACCGGACACAAAGGGAGUCCAAGGGACGGGCUGGGGAAACCAAACCCUGCGUGAAACAUGGGAGAAUAUUUCAGCCUUGAGCAGCUGGAGAAGCAUCAUUUUGCUGGACUGUCGGCUGCGUGAGGAAAUACGGCCCCCAUCCGUCUGCCAGGAACUUCCCAGAGAGGAAAUCCCAGUGGUUUAUCAGAGGGUCGAUGGAAGGACGGGGCGGUGAGAGCUCCUGGAAUGCAGCGCAGAUGCUGACUGCACGUGGCAGAGGAGUCACCUGCUGGUUCAUCCUUCUGUUUCGUAUUGUGCUGGACGAGCCUGGCAUCAAACAGAUGCAGCAUACAGAUAGCACAUUUUCUGUUAGUGAGACCUACCUUCUUACCUCUGUUCUGUGUUCUCAGUGGUGGUGAAAACCAAAAAACAAUUUAGCCCUUCUCUGCUCCAUUCCUGUAGGAGUAUCUGCCAUUGACUGACACAAAGCAACUCUGCUUUCCCGAUGGACUGCCAGAAGAUGUGUCCCUUUCAGUUCCUUGUAGAGCAGAAGCUGAUCUCUUCAUCAGUUCCAGAUGUGUUCACGUACUUAAAUGUUUGUGUUUAUCAGCAAUGCGAUGUACAUACAGUAUACUCAUUGUGCUGCAAGGAGAGAAAAAGAUUUAUUUUCAUGUAAGCUAUAAAAAUUGAUACUCCUGAGACAAUAGCGUCAAGCAAUUACUUUUAUGUUCUAGCAUGCAGACGUGCAGAAAGUCGUGUUUCAAGGCUUACCUAUUCA